AUGUCGUCCGUCAAACAAGCCAAGAAGACGCAAGAGGGAGUCAACUCCAAAUUAGCCCUUGUAACGAAGAGUGGGAAGUAUGUUCUUGGGACAAAGAGCACUUUGAAGUCCAUUCGUGAAGGGAAGAGCAAGUUGGUCAUCAUCUCAUCGAACUGCCCAUCUUUGGAAAGAGCCAGAGUUGAAUACUAUGCUGUUCUUGCUAAGGUGAAUGUUGUGCAUUAUGCUGGAACAAACGUCGACUUAGGAACUGCUUGCGGACGUUACUUCGGUGUUUCUGUCCUCUCCAUUGUUGAUGCUGGGGAUUCUGAUAUUAUCAAAGCUGCAGAAUAA